AUGGUCAUCAUUAAAGGGAAAAUCAACUCUUUACCUUUAAUUGGACGAACAACCCUAGAAGAAUUGGGCAUGGUGAAGAUUGAUGAAACAGGACGACUUAAAGAACCGAACAAACCCAGUGGUACUUGCAAUAUUCGGAAACUACAAGAAACGCAGUCCAGUGAUGACGAGCUACUCAAACCAUAUCAAGAUCUAUUUCAUGGAAUUUGCAGAGCGACCCGCAAUGGAGAGGAGAAUCAGCUACAUUUACCAAUGGAUGAACAGGCUGAACCAGUUGCACAAAAACCAAGACGAGUUGCAUACCACCUAAUGGAACCUCUCCAGAAACGACUCCAAGAAUUUGUGGAACAAGACAUCAUGGAGAAAGUUCCUGAUCAAGAACCUAUAACAUGGUGUUCUGCUAUGGUUGUACAACCUAUAGCAAAGAAUCCCAAUGAUAUACGCCUCAGCUUGGAUUUACGAACACUGAAUAAAUCCAUGCUACGAAAUUGCCAGGUCCAAGCACCCAUUACAGAAGAUUUUAUUACAGCGUUUAAGGAUUGCCGCAUAUUCAGCAAGUUUGACCUCAACCAUGGAUACCACCAGUUUGUCAUUGAUACCCAGUCCAGACAAGCCAUGACAUUCUCAACGCCAUGGGGAAAUUACCGAUACAAACGUCUUGCGUUCGGGGGAGUCAACAGUCAAGACCUAUUUGAUGGCGAGAUGGCAAACAUCCUAUCGGGUAUUCCCAGAACACUGAACAAUCGUGAUGAUAUUAUGAUUGGAGGUGUAGAUCUUGCUGACCACGACAAGAACCUGAAGAUAGUGCUGGGACGACUAAAGGACUACAACCUUACGUUAAGACAAGAGAAAUGUGAAUACCGAAAGUCAAUACUUGAAUUCCAUGGCCACUGA